AUGGUCGACGACGAGGGCGCCUCCGAGGCCAGGGGGAACGGGCCGCUGGGGUUCCCACUUCUGCCGCCGCGGAUCCGCGCCCGGCCCUGGUGGUUUCCUGUGCAGGAGCUGAGGAACCCGCUGGUGUUUUCCCUGGAGGCGUGGCUGGCCGACUCGAUCUUCGGCCCAGACCGAGCCGUGGUUCCGGAAGUGGAGUGGAUGAGCCAGGCCCUGCUGACGGUGGACGCGGUUCCCUCCGGGAAUCUGGUGGAAGUCACCGUCUUCGGCCGGCCGGCUGUCCAGCGCCGGGUGAAGGCCGUGCUCCUGAGCCUGGCGGCGAGGCACCGGGAGCAGCGCGCCCGAGCUGAGAAGAUGGAACAACUCGAGGAGUUCUUGAAGGCCCAGGCACCGGGUCCCCAGGUUUCCCAGCGUCUUGUUGCAUAA